CUCUCCCAUUUCUACUUUUUUAAAAAUAGAUGUCUUGUGAUGUCAUGAUCAUAAAUUUUUAUUAUAAUUUUUACAAUACGUAUCAAAAUUUGUAGGAUGAUCAAAAAGUUGUAUCUAUUUAAAAAAAAUAACCUGAAAAACUUGAAUGAUUUCAUGAUAAUUAAUAACAUCAUGGUCAAUUGUGUGAUUUUGUAUCAAAAUACAUUAAGAAAUAUUUUUGAAGCCUCGUAAAAGUUUAAUGAACUACGAUCGAUCAUCAAUCCUUCGAUUCUAUUUUUAUUUUUGCUGAAAUUAUUUAUUUUCGAAGAUGCGAUACGAUCUUCAACUUGUCUUGACUAUCAAAGUCCUCGUCUUACCAGAUCCGCUUUCUUUUUUUUAUAGACUCAUGUACAUCUCUAUAUAAAAUAAUUCCUUCUCCGAUGAGGAUUCUUAAUGGAAUUCAAAUUUUUUCGAAGUGAAAAAAAAUUCAAUGUUCCUACCGGUUCGGAGAUUAGAAAACAAGAAUGUACCAGACGUAGAAUUUUCAGAAACGAUACGAGCACAAAAUACAUCAUCAGUUUCCAAGAUAUGUUUAGGAUGCAUUUGUGAAGCUGCAUCAGGAUGCAACACGACGCUCGGUUGCAAUGGUGAUGUAUGCGGCCCUUUCCGCAUAACUUGGGCUUAUUGGGCUGACGCCGGUAAACCAACUCUAAACAACGAAGCGAAUACUAAUGAAGGCGCAUAUGCAAAUUGCGUUAACGAUGCAUUUUGCGCUGGACGCACAGUAGAAGGUUAUAUGAACAAGUUUGCUCGAGAUUGCAAUGGUGACGGUGUUAUUAAUUGCGACGAUUUUAUUCGUAUACACCGUAAUGGUAGAAACGCUUGCACGACUCCAUUGAAUAGUAAAUACGAAAAUAUUUACAAGCUUUGCAUGCAAACGUUCGGUUAAUAUUUUAUACAAAUUGAUACAAAAAUGAUAAACUGAUAUUAUUUUACAUGUAAUGUUAAGGAUAACGAUAAACGUUUUAGGAUGUAAAA